AAGCGUGCUGACGUAAUCGGCGCAAGCGCACGUCAUCGGACGGCACUGCAGAAGCAGGCGAGUUCGCGAGUGUAUCGAUUUUGCGAUCGUGUCUCUCGCGACUAGUGCGUCCGUUUCCUUUAGUUUUUAGUGGCCGUGCUCGUCGUACAUGGAUGAAAUCGUGAAUGGGAUUACCCGCUAGGUUGAUUGCACCGUACAUCCGCUGACUCGCAACGCCUCGUCAUCCAUCAGCAUGACCAAGGAUAGAUUAGCAGCUUUAGUCGCGGCCCAGUCGGACGAAGAUGACGUGGCGGACGAUGUGUCCGUCAACGUUGGCGGGCCGGAUGACUUCAUGACGGAGUUUUUUGCGGAGGUGGAGGAGAUACGUGAGAUGAUAGAUAGAAUCCAGACGAAUGUCGAGGAUGUCAAGAAGAAACACAGCGCCAUUUUGUCGGCGCCUCAAACGGACGAGAUGAUAGAACAGAAUAUCGAGCAGGAAGAGCACACGAACAAAUCGUCGGCCGAUCUGAGGAUACGCAAGACCCAACAUUCAACGUUAUCUAGGAAGUUCGUAGAAGUUAUGUCGGAAUACAAUCGAACGCAAACCGAUUAUAGGGAACGGUGUAAGGGAAGAAUACAACGACAGCUCGAGAUCACGGGGAGGACGACCACCAACGAUGAACUCGAAGAAAUGUUGGAGCAAGGAAAUCCAGCGGUAUUCACGCAAGGGAUCAUCAUGGAAACGCAACAAGCAAAACAAACCCUUGCAGACAUUGAGGCACGUCACGCUGAUAUUAUAAAACUUGAAAACUCGAUCAGAGAAUUGCACGACAUGUUCAUGGACAUGGCCAUGUUGGUGGAAAGUCAGGGUGAGAUGAUUGACCGUAUAGAAUAUCACGUUGAACAUGCGGUCGAUUAUGUUCAAACCGCUACCCAGGACACCAAAAAAGCACUCAAGUACCAAAGUAAAGCACGACGGGCCACCGACGAAUCACAUCCUCAGGAAUCGUCAUUACCUGCCGACGAACGAACCAAGACGCAAUCUAUUCUUUCAGGUGUCAGGGAGUGAGAUUUUUUUGUUCGUUUUUGACGACAAAAAAAA